AUGCUUUCCAUUUUGCAGUAUAGUCUCACCGCUACCCCCCCGAUGGACCACCUGAAGAAUAUCUCGCCCAUCGACGGGCGGUACAAAAAGGCAUGCAGCGAAGUGUCGACCUUCUUCUCCGAGUACGCAUUGAUAAAACAUCGGAUCAUCGUAGAGGUGCGGUGGCUGCUGUUCCUGAACGAGAAGGAGCUGUUCUUUGAGAAGGUGAGUGACGAAUCGGUGGAGGUACUAAAUCAGAUCGCCACAAACAUAACAGACAGCGACAUAGCAAGAGUGAAAGAGAUAGAGGAAGAAACCAAUCAUGAUGUAAAGGCAGUCGAAUAUUUCGUAAAGGAAAAAUUGAGUAAGUCGGAGAGGAAAGACCUGGUGAAGAUAAAAGAGUAUGUACACUACCUCUGUACCAGUGAGGACAUCAACAAUGUAGCCUAUGCGAUGUGCCUGAAGAUAUGCCUACACGAUGUAAUAAUCCCAUGUAUAGAAAAAAUAAUGCUCAAGUUAAAGGAACUAGCUGUGCAGUACUCCCAUGUGGCACUACUCUCAAGGACACAUGGUCAACCUGCUUCUUCCACCACUUUCGGAAAAGAAAUAGCAAAUUUCUACGCAAGGAUACACCACCAUGUAGAGGUCAUUAAAAGAGUCAAAAUUUGUGCCAAGUUUAAUGGAGCUGUGGGUAACUUUAAUGCUCACAAAGUGGUCAGUAAAGAGACAAACUGGAUAGCUAGCAUCAAACUGUUUUUGCAAAGAUACUUCGAUUUAGCGUACUCUUUGUAUUGCACACAGAUACAGGAUCAUGAUUAUAUAUGCGAGUUGUCUGAUGCUUUGGCUCGAGUAAACGGUACACUCAUUGACCUGUGUGUUGAUAUUUGGAUAUAUAUUUCAAAUAAUUUAUUAAAGCUAAAGAUGAAGGAGAAAGAAGUUGGAAGCAGCACCAUGCCACAUAAGGUGAACCCAAUUGACUUCGAAAAUGCAGAAGGGAAUUUACACAUAGCAAAUGCUUUCUUCAAAUUGUUCAGUUCUAAAUUACCAACGAGCAGAUUACAGAGAGACCUUUCUGACUCCACUGUAUUGAGGAACAUCGGAAGCUCCCUUGCCUAUUGUCUCAUUGCCUACAAAUCGGUGUUAAAGGGACUGAACAAAAUAGAUAUCGAUAGGAGAAACCUAGAGGAGGAACUUGAUAAGAAUUGGUCCACUUUGGCAGAACCCAUUCAGAUUGUGAUGAAGCGAUUCAACUAUGUAGAUGCAUAUGAGGAGCUCAAGCAAUUCACAAGAGGGAAAUUUAUCGACAAAGAAAUUAUGCAAGAAUUUAUUAAAACUAAAUGCGGCUUCCUUCCUCAGGAUGUCGUUGACCAGUUGUUGGAGUUAACUCCCGCGACUUAUACUGGUUAUGCUGACUACUUGGCCAAGAAUGUGGAGCAGCUAUCGGGGGAGCUCGACUAG